AUGGUGGGAAGACGCCCUGGUGGACGCAAGCCGGUCAACAAGGCCGGUGGCAAUGCCAGCGACUCUGGAGACAACAACGAUAUCUCUGCGGCCGAGAGCGACAGCUACGGCGGCGAGAACAGGCAGAUCAGCGCGCAGGAGGAGGCUGAUCUCAGCAGCGCGCUUAUAGCCAAGCUGCUUGCUGAGGACAGCGGCGGUGGCAGCCACUAUAGGGGUUACUAUGACGAUUAUAGCAAUGGGGCAGCACUUGGCGAGACUUACGACGACGGCGCGUCGGGAAGUGAGGCCGACGACGAUUGGGAUCCUAGCCGGAAGAAACAGCGCCGCCCGAAGAAGAGUGCUGCCGCCGCCGCACCCAAAAAGGAACGGCCGCCGCCGCUGCCCGUGGCGCCUGGGCAAUACCGCUCCGGUGCCUACACUGACGAGGAAGAGCUAAAGUUCAACGAGGGCCUCGAGCUGUAUGGGCGCUCGUGGGGUGAGAUAUCAACACACGUUGUCACACGCGAUGCAAAGUCGAUCAGGUCGCACGCCCAGAAAUAUUUUAUCAAGCUGUUCAGGGACAGCAUCCCGCUUCCGGCCAAGGUCAGGGAGUCCGGAGAGGGCUACACUCUUUCGGGCAGGCCACUGGAUCCGAACAGCGCGGCUGCUCGCCCGUACCUCCAGCAUGUCAUGCAGCUCGAUCCGGCGCCUCUGAGAGCGCCAAAGCCAGCGACCACUCCCGCAUGCAAGCUGGAAACCGAGGCAGAGUCCGCCCAUACCAAUAGCGACGAAGGCGCUUCUGCGAGCACUGAGGUCACUGAGACCACUGACCAAGGCCCUGCGACUUUAGAUAACACAGCGGCCCCUGAGCCCCCGCUGCCAAAGUCGCCGGUGCGCACCGAGUAUGCAAUGAGUCGUCCGCAGCGCAACCACGCACGACCAGUAACGCUGCACUACGAAGACCCGCACCAGAUGGUCCGCUGCACUCCGUUCCUGGGGCAGCCGCUGUCGGGCGCAACCGGCAGCCAACCGUUCAAGCUGGUGGUCCAUACGAACGCGCAGCUGCAAAUGGACUUUCACGCACACCUCAUGCUCUCUGAGGUCAUCGGGCUUCUCGGCGGCAUCUGGGACGCUGGGAAGAAGGUGCUGACUGUCACCCGCGCCUUUCCGUGCGAGGCGCUGGAGUCCGAGGACGCGCAUACCAACGUCGAGAUGGAUCCCGGCAGCGAACUUGUUGUAAGGCACCAGAUCAUGGAUGCUGGCCUGCGCGUGGUCGGCUGGUACCAUUCGCACCCGACAUUUCGGCCGGAUCCCUCGAUCAUCGAUAUUGAGAACCAGACAGCAUACCAGGCUCUUUUCCGCGACAACGAGAGCUCCGAAGAGCCAUUUGUUGGCGCUAUAGUCGGGCCAUACGACUCGGAGCUGCCGGGUCCCGUGUCGGUAUUCAACUGGUUCUAUGUCGGCAAGUCGGCGGUCGACCGUGGGCACCCCAAACGGCUGAUGGUUGAGACCAUGCCUGACAAGGGGCUCCCUGCGACGGAGCAGCACAUCCUAUUGCAGCUGCUCGACAACGCGCGCGAGCUCAAAAACCAUGCGGUCCUCGAGGAGGCGUGGCGGCCGUCGUCGACGGAGCUGCGGUCAUUGAAAAUGGCGGUGUCGCUGGCGCACCGCAUGCCUUGGCUCGCCGCGGCGCCCAGGUGUGACUCUGGACCCGGAACGCCAACCGUGCUGGCCGGCCACACUGCCAUAGAGGCGAAGCUGCCCCCCGAGCUCAGCGCCGAAGCUGCGCUUGCCGACAGUGCCUCGGACUGCACGGCUGCUGGCGGCAGCGAUCACCUGGACAUUGAAAAGCGCAUUUCGCCAGCGUGCCUGCUGGCGGGACAGUGCGCCAUGCAGGACCAGUUCCUGGCCGCGCUGAGCAGCCGGUUCGCUGUCGGUGUCUUUAAGACGGGUCCUGACGGCAGGGUGGCCGAUCCCCUGGGCCUGAAGCGCGUGUACGCAGCGUAUUUUAUGCAGUGGUCGGCUUGA